AUGGCCCUCGUGGCCCUGGUCACAUUCCUCUCCUUCUCCUCUAUCACAAAGCCCGUCGAGGCUACCGCACUCACCUACAACGUCGCCGCACAUGAGCGAGCGUGCUUCUAUACCUGGGCUGACAUUCCCAAAAAGAAGAUUGCUUUUUACUUUGCGGUCCAAUCCGGUGGAUCAUUCGAUAUCGACGUCGAGGUUAAGGAUCCUAAGGAAAAGACGAUUCUGUCGCUCGAGAAGGAGCGCCAGGGCGAUUAUGUGUUCACUGCCAACGAGAUCGGUGAAUACUCCUUCUGCUUCUCAAACGACAUGUCGACAUUCGCGGAAAAGGUCGUUGACUUUGAGAUUACAGUCGAACACGAGAAGCGACCUGCCCAGAUAGAUCAGAGCGAGAAGGGAACGGGCCCUCAGGCUCAAGCCCAGGCCAUGGAUGAGUCGUUGUUCAGAUUGACAGGCGAAUUGUCACAGAUCGACAGGAUGCAGAAGUACUUCAAGACGAGAGAGAGCCGCAAUUUCGCUACCGUCAUCUCGACUGAGAGCAGGAUCUUUUGGUUCUCGUUGACCGAGUCUGCUCUGAUCGUAAUCAUGUCGGCCUUCCAGGUCUUUGUCGUCAGGACUUUCUUCUCCAACUCCAAAAGAUCUUUCGUCUAA